GCUGGCCAUCCAAACCCGGGUGAGGCCGCAUCGCACUGCCCUUUCCCAAGAUGGCUUCGAAGAUAGGUUCGAGACGCUGGAUGCUGCAGUUGAUUAUGCAGUUGGGCUCGGUGCUGCUCACACGCUGCCCCUUUUGGGGUUGCUUCAGCCAGCUCAUGCUGUAUGCUGAAAGGGCCGAGGCGCGUCGGAAGCCAGACAUCCCGGUGCCAUACUUGUACUUCGACAUGGGAGCAGCUGUGUUGUGUGCUAGUUUCAUGUCCUUCGGAGUGAAGCGGCGCUGGUUUGCUCUGGGGGCCGCACUCCAGCUGGCCAUUAGCACCUAUGCGGCCUACAUCGGGGGCUACGUCCAUUAUGGGGACUGGCUGAAGGUCCGAAUGUACUCACGCACAGUUGCCAUCAUUGGCGGCUUUCUGGUGCUGGCUAGUGGGGCUGGGGAACUGUACCGUCGGAAACCUCGUAGUCGCUCUCUACAGUCCACCGGCCAGGUGUUCCUGGGCAUCUACCUCAUCUGUGUGGCCUACUCACUGCAGCACAGCAAGGAGGACCGGCUGGCAUAUCUGAACCACCUUCCAGGGGGGGAGCUGAUGAUCCAGCUGUUCUUUGUGCUGUAUGGUGUCCUGGCCCUGGCCUUCCUAUCAGGCUACUAUGUGACCCUGGCUGCUCAGAUCCUGGCUGUCCUGCUGCCCCCUGUCAUGCUCCUCAUUGAUGGCAAUGUGGCCUACUGGCACAACUCACGGCGUGUUGAAUUCUGGAACCAGAUGAAGCUCCUCGGUGAGAGCGUGGGCAUCUUUGGGGCUGCUGUCAUCUUGGCUACUGAUGGCUGAGUUUCACAGUGAGAUGCUGAGAUAGACACAGGAAGCCAUUGAGGACCACCCUGCGUUCCACCUUGCUGACCCAGUGCUGUUUAUUUAUGCUUCUUUUUUUUUUUUUUUUUUUUUUUUUUUUUUAUUUUUUUUUUUGGG